AUGGCGGGGAGUACAUCCAAUUUGGUGAUCUGUGCGAUUGGGAUCUAUGCUACUUUUUUAACCUGGGCACUGGUACAGGAGCCUUUGGCCACAAGAGUAUGGCCGAACUCUAUGGAAAAGUUUCAAUUUCCUAACGUGAUUGCCUUCAUGCAAGCCAUUGUGGCAAUGGUGAUGGGGCACCUGUAUUUGAAAUGGAAGAGAGUGGCCUAUUCACCCACCACGAUGAUCAAGGACCACUGGAAACAAUUGAUGUUAAUUUCGUUUACACAGAGUAGUUCAGGUCCGCUGGCAACGACAUCUCUGAAAUACGUGGAUUAUCUGACCUACAUGCUGGCCAAAUCAUGCAAGAUGAUACCUGUUCUAUUGGUACACUUGCUGUUGUAUAGAACACCCAUUUCAGGUCAGAAAAAAGUUGUGGCCAUCUUAGUCAGUCUCGGUGUCACUAUUUUCACUAUUGGUGGCAAUGAUGGUAAGAAGUUGAGGAGGUCGCUUGACGGCGAUGGGAACAGGUACAAACUGCAUGGGUUUGGGCUGCUUUCCUCUAGUUUAUUCCUCGACGGGUUAACUAAUGCUACCCAGGAUAAAUUGCUUAAGGCCAACAAGGCCAGUGGGAAUGGGAAACAGAGUUUGAUAACCGGCGCGCAUUUGAUGUUUACGCUAAACCUCUUCGUGGUACUGUGGAACGUUUUGUAUUUGUAUGUGGUUGACUGUAAACAAUGGGAAAGCUCUGUUUCCUUAUUGGCCAAGGACCCACAAGUAUGGGGUUACCUGAUGCUUUAUUCAAUCUGUGGCGCCAUGGGUCAAUGUUUUAUUUUCUAUACCUUGGAGAAGUUUGGCUCUCUGGUCCUAAUCAUGAUAACAGUGACCAGAAAGAUGGUUUCCAUGAUUCUGAGUAUUGUAGUCUUCGGUAAGACCGUGGGCUUCCAACAAUGGGUGGGAAUAUUCAUUGUAUUUGGUGGGAUCACAUGGGAAGCACUUGGCAAGAAGAAGGCCAAGACCCCAAGAACGAAAUCAGAGUAG